UUCUUUUCAAGCUCAAAAUUUUCUCAAAUGGAAACGUUCGGUCGUUCCCAACCCGCACAGAGUUCUUCGUAGCUUCGUUUGGGUCUCUCAGUUUCUCCUCUCCGAGAUUCUUCCUCAUGCUUCUCUGAAUCGGAAGGGCUUGCGCCAGAUCUGAACUCUCACCUUACUCAUGGGUUUGCUUUCAAACCCUAGUUGUUCUCUUCUCCGCCUCCUCCUCGUCGCCGCCUUCUUCUGCUUCGUCGUCGUCUCUGCGCAGGAGUCGGGGGUUGAAAAUGAGAGGCGCGAAUUGGAAGGAUCUUCCAUGGAUCUGGGUCGUCGUGGCAUGAUUGGAGUUGACGCUGUUGGAGAUAAUGUCAAUCUUAAUUCUCUUGGUCUGAAAAUUGACCUUGAAUCCACUGGCCCUGGUGUUUUUGAUGCACUCUUUGCAAGUUUUUCGAUGAUCGUCGUGAGUGAGAUUGGGGAUGAAACGUUUAUAAUAGCGGCACUUAUGGCUAUGCGGCACCCAAAAGCCACUGUUCUGUCUGGUGCACUCUCUGCUUUAGUUGUCAUGACAGUACUUUCUACUGGACUUGGUAGGAUUGUGCCGAACUUGAUAUCGAGGAAGCAUACUAAUAGUGCAGCUACAAUUCUCUAUGCAUUUUUCGGAUUACGGUUACUCUACAUAGCUUGGAAUUCAGAUCCAAAGGCAUCUCAGAAAAAGGAAAUGGAGGAGGUCGAAGAGAAACUCGAAGCAGGGCAAGGGAAGACAGCCUUUCGCCGUUUCUUCUCAAGAUUUUGUACCCCGAUAUUCCUUGAGUCUUUCAUCUUAACCUUCCUAGCUGAAUGGGGUGACCGCAGUCAGAUCGCAACAAUCGCUCUUGCAACUCACAAGAACGCGGUAGGAGUAGCCAUAGGAGCUACAAUAGGGCACGCCAUUUGCACGUCACUUGCGGUGGUAGGAGGCAGCAUGUUGGCUUCUAAGAUAUCGCAACGGUCUGUUGCGACGGUUGGAGGUUUACUCUUUCUCGGGUUUUCGAUCUCUUCUUACUUCUAUCCUCCUCUAUAGUGAGUUGCAGUUGAAGGACAUUGCUUUGGAGUAAUGAAAUGGAUAUGGCUCCUUCUUGCUUUGAGUUUGGGUCCUAAUGAAGUAAGUAAAGUAGUAUUGUAUUUGUUUGCUUGUUCUUUUGAUUUUGUAUGAAAAUGGUUACGAGAAUACACAACACCAUUGUUUUGCUCUUGCUCUUCCAUGUAUAACCUUAUGAUGAAAUGUAUAAUCGGAUCAAUAUAAGCUAUGAUUAAAUGUAUUGGUAUAAUUUUUUUAA